UCUUUUGAAUUAAAGUCAAUAUUUAUAAACAAAAUAACAUAUACUAUAAACAGCAAUUGAAAGAACAACCGACCUGCAGUCAAUAGAAAGUCCAAAUUAAUAGUGAUUUUAACGUAGGACGCGCGCCGCGCAGAACAGAAUACCAGGGAUGCAACACGUACGACGCGAUAUUAUGACAUUUUCGCUGUCAACUAGAAUUACAACUUGUCGUCUGCUCGCUCAAUUUCGCCCUAGUCCAUUAUUGUAAUCAACUAAAGUUUUGUAUUUUUUGGAAAUGUUCUCCGCCAACACACACUCUGUGCCCUUCUAUCUGGGAAACUUUAGCAGGAAACCGCACUAUUAUACUGUUAAGAAAACUAAACUGCAGACCAACGGCAGCGCGGCGCGGGCACUUAGCGAAAGAUGCAAAUCUCUCACGGGGUCGCCGCAACAUGAUAUCGUGCUGGACUUCAAGAAUUUGCUCAGCAGGUCGGGUUUUAGUCUUCAGCAGUUGGUGGAGAAGGCGGCCCGACUGAAUGGAAUUUUUGAGAAGGAGCUAGUCAGCGAUGCAUUGGCUAAAGUCACUAGCAUGCUGCCCGCAAUGAGAGAUGUGCGUGUCACGUUGGAGGAACCAGCAACACAAUUUGGUCAAAAUUAUCAGUUUGAAGUGUCGUUAAGUGGUGAAGCCUUAGCAGCACAUCCCACUGGAGCAUUUGUAAAAAUGUAUCCAACCAUAACGAAAGGCCUUUUAAGUCCGUUAUUGUUGUCGAAUCGCCAGUUGAAACAGUGGCGCGGCUUUAAGACAGAUCGUUCGAUAGAAGCAGAACAAAAACGGAACCCGACGAUGACUACCAGACUGAAGAGUGCGCUUGGGGGGUCGCCUUUGAAACCAGAUGGAGAGACACAGCUGCAGGCAGAGAAAUUGAGAAAACUACUAUCAAAAACUGGCGAGCAUGGGGAUCCAAAAAACAUGCCAUUACAGGAAAGCUUAAAAAUUGCAUUUGCUGAAGGAUAUUUGGCAGCGUCUAACGCAGAUGAUUCUCCAAAAACGGGCAAAACAAUGAAGUAUCUGAAGAUUUUCCAGACCCUCAUUGUUAUCGUCGUUUUUAUUGGUAUAUUUCUGAGUUUCUUCACAUCUUCAAACGGAUCUGUUUUCCGCAUUCAACUUGGCAAUCAAGUUGAGGUCGAUCCAGAGGAAAUUCAUGUCACUUUCGACGAUGUCAAAGGUUGCGACGAGGCAAAGCAGGAGCUUAAGGAAGUAGUUGAAUUUCUCAAAAAUCCAGACAAGUUCUCAAAUUUGGGUGGUAAACUGCCAAAAGGUGUGCUACUUGUGGGUCCACCAGGCACUGGGAAGACCUUGCUCGCUCGUGCUGUUGCGGGCGAAGCAAACGUGCCGUUCUUCCAUGCCGCGGGUCCCGAAUUCGAUGAAGUACUGGUUGGUCAGGGUGCUCGACGUGUCCGAGAUCUAUUCAAGGCGGCAAAGGCACGUGCACCGUGUGUUAUUUUUAUUGAUGAAAUCGAUUCGGUUGGCGCCAAGCGCACGAAUUCAGUACUCCAUCCAUACGCGAAUCAGACGAUAAACCAAUUGCUAUCCGAAAUGGAUGGAUUCCACCAGAAUGCCGGUGUCAUUGUGCUCGGUGCGACGAACCGACGGGACGAUUUGGAUCAGGCACUCCUGCGUCCAGGUCGCUUCGAUGUCGAAGUUAUGGUGUCAACGCCCGAUUUCACAGGUCGUAAAGAGAUAUUGUCACUUUAUUUGACAAAAGUGCUGCAUGAUGAUGUCGACUUGGACAUGUUGGCACGUGGUACAUCAGGAUUUACGGGCGCCGAUUUGGAAAACAUGAUCAACCAAGCAGCUCUGAGAGCUGCUAUUGAUGGAGCCGAGACCGUGACCAUGAAGCAUUUGGAAACGGCACGUGAUAAGGUACUUAUGGGCCCAGAGCGUAAGGCGCGUCUUCCCGACGAGGAGGCCAAUACAAUUACAGCAUACCACGAAGGUGGUCAUGCAAUUGUAGCUUAUUAUACAAAGGAAUCACACCCUCUGCAUAAGGUGACUAUCAUGCCCAGAGGUCCUUCGCUAGGACAUACAGCAUACAUACCGGAAAAAGAGCGCUAUCAUGUCACAAAGGCCCAACUUUUGGCCAUGAUGGACACCAUGAUGGGUGGUCGCGCUGCCGAGGAAAUCAUAUUUGGAGCUGACAAAAUAACUUCAGGUGCUAGCAGUGAUUUAAAACAAGCGACUUCCAUUGCCACUCAUAUGGUUAAGGACUGGGGCAUGUCAGAUAAAGUUGGGCUGCGAACCAUUGAGACGCCCAAAGGUUUGAUGGCUGCAGAAAGCUUGGGUCCUAAUACAGUAGAAGCAGUUGAUGCCGAAAUCAAGCGUAUUCUGAGCGAAAGCUAUGACCGUGCUAAGACAAUUCUGAAGAAGCAUACAAAGGAACACAAAGCGCUGGCGGAGGCGCUCUUGAAAUAUGAAACUCUGGAUGCUGAUGACAUCAAAGCAAUACUGAGUGACAACCAGACGUAGUUUUGUGAUUCGGUUUAACUAAUGUUUGAGGACAGGCUGAACUACAACAUAUGUUUAGUUAAAAAUGAAAUAGAAAACCAUUUAUAAUAAAAAAAGUGAGCUCGAUGCAGACGGACAGUUAAGAAAA